AUGUAUAACCAUAAUAUUAGUAAAUCUACUAAGCGUAGAAGGUUUUUAGAAGAACUUGAAACAGUAAAUUUUUUGAUCGAUGACCAACCUGAAUUAGGUCCACAACCAUGUUGUUCAUCUCAUGAAAUCCCUUUUAUGUCAAGUUCUGAGAGCUCUAAUAAUCUUAAAACUGAAUCAAACAUUUUAAACAAACCACUUGAUGCUACUGAAAAAAAUAAUUUUGUACAUGGUUCUUUUUCAAUAACUUCCGAUUCUAGUAGUGAUGAAUCUAUUUGUCAUGAAAUUAAUAUGCUGGACAUAUUUGAUGAAGAACAAUCAAUAUUAAAUUCUUUAGCAAAAUGGACCGUGAAUUAUUCAAUUACAUCGGAAUCUUUUUCUAGUUUGUUAAAAAUAUUAAAAGGGCAUAGUUGUUUCAACAAUUUUCCUGUUGAUUCAAGAACAAUUUUAAAAACAAAUAAGAAAAAUCAAUCUAGUGAAAUUCAAACUAUUCAUCCUGGUUUAUAUUACCAUUUUGGUAUUGAAAAUGGUUUAAAAUCUCUUUAUGAUUUGAGUCUUUUUGAGGAAAAAAUUAAUUUAGUUGUGGGGAUUGAUGGCUUACCACUGACCAAGAGUUCUUCAAGUACAUUCUGGCCCAUUCUCGGUUAUGCUCGUUAUCCUAAAUAUAAACCGAAUUUAUUUAUAAUAGGUCUUUAUUGGGGGAAAGAAAAACCUAAAUGUAGUAAUUUGUUUCUGAAUGAUAUGGUUGACGAACUUAAACGUUUAUCCUAUAGUGGCAUGAUUACAGAAUUUGGUACUAAGUUUGUUGUUUUAGAUUUAAUAUGUUGUGAUCUUCCUGCUCGGAGUUUUGUUACUCGCACUAAGAAUUUCAAUGGAUACAGUUCUUGUUCAAGAUGCACUGUUGUGGGUGAAAGAAUUAAUUUUACAACAAGCUUUUUGGGAACAAUUUUUUGUAAAAGAACCCAUAGUGACUUUUUAAAUCGUACUGAUGAUGAUCAUCAUGUCACUAAUGAUGUUUCUAUAUUAACUGAAGUACCAUAUAUUGAUAUGGUUACAUGUUUCAGUUUAGAUUAUAUGCAUUUAGGGUGCUUAGGUGUUAUGAAAAAGUUAAUUCUCCUUUGGUUAGGAAUGAUGAAAAAUGCAUCUGUAUCAGUUCGAUUACAAAAUUGUGAUGUAACAAAAAUAUCUAAUCAUCUUUUAUCCAUUAAAUCAUUUAUUACAAGUGAUUUCCCUCGAAAGACUAGAGGGUUAAAUGAAAUUUUGAGAUUUAAGGCUACUGAGUUUAAAUUUAUGCUAGUUUAUGUUGGACCAAUUGUUUUAAAAGGUGUAAUUACAGAUGAAUGUUAUUCUCAUUUUCUAUGUUUACAUGUAGCCUUUAGGAUUCUGUUAUCACCACACAGUAGUAUGAAUCGUGUAGAGUUUGCUGAAAAAUUACUCGUAUAUUUUGUAGAAACAUUUGAAGAAUUAUAUGGGGCACAGUUUUCUUCUCUUAAUAUACAUGGUUUAAUACACCUUGCUGAUGAUUACAGAAAAUAUGGAGCUCUCGAUAAUUGUUCAUGUUUCCCUUUUGAGAAUUUCAUGAAGUUCUUAAAAAAAAUGGUUAGGAAACAUGAAAAACCUUUGGAACAGGUGAUAAAUCGUUACCAAGAAUUCAUAACUUUCAACAAACCAUUGGUCAAUAAUAAUAGCAAUGUAUCUUUCAAAAAAGAACAUAGCAAUGGUCCUUUAACUGAACAUUAUACUGGACCUCAAUUUCAAAUUCUUAUUAAAAAUAACCUUAAAAUUAAUACUAAGUCUGGGUCUGAUGUAUAUAUUGGUUUCAAAAAACAAAACAAACUAUCUAUUUUUAAAAUUCUAAACAUAUGUCAUGAUCCUUGUUCAGGUAAAAAUGUAUUUUUAAGUAAAAGUUUUACUCAGGUUGAACCAUUUUUUGAUAAACCCAUUAACAGUUUGAAGCUAGGUAUAGCUAAAGUUGGUAAUCUAUCAAAAAAUUUUACAAUUAUUGAUAUUGAAACUGAAUUUUCUAAAUAUAUGAUUAUGCAUGAUUAUAGUCUCAACCAUAGUAUUGCAUAUCCUAUUAUACAUACAUAUUAUGAAUAG